AUGUCUAAUCAACUUCAACGAGUCGAGACAUCUAAUCUGCUUCAGCGAGUAGAGCAGUCUUUCAAGCCUCCCGAGUUUGAUAGUUUAUCUAAAUUAAUAACAGAUUCUCUACGUGAAUCUAGCUCCAGUCCCAUUCAUCUGCGUGUACUUAAACAAACUGUUGAUUACUUGAACAAAUACAAAGACAAUCCUCAUUGGUUCUGUGAUCCUUAUAUGCAACCAAUUGCCAGUAAUUCGUUGCUAUUAUUUUCAUACGAUACUAGUCCCGUUCUUGCAAAUUUGAAAAUUCCCAUGGCUAGACCAUUACAAACUUGUCCGAAUUGUUUGGUUGGCUUUGCUGAAGCCAAAGCAAAAUUGAGAACCCGUUUCAUUGUUCAGAAUCAGACUCCCAUCAGUAAUGUUCAAAAGUUUAUUAACUCGAUUUCGCGAUGGGAAAUUUCAUUAUUAACUCCAAUAUUAGAUAAAGUGAUUUUACUGUUUAAUUCCAUUGAAAGGCAUUCUGAUGCACUCGUGAUAUGUGUCUACUGGUGUAUGACCAAUCCAGACCUCCUUAGAGAUAACUUGUAUGUUAAGGAAAAGUUUUAUAAAAUUGCUGAAGGUCUUCUAAAUAUUGACAGAUUUCCAAAUCCACAAGAGUUACUUCCUGGUUUGCUAUAUGUUCUUUUUGAAGGUAACUCUGAACUUCAAAACUGGGGACGUAAAUGGAUAGAGUCCUUGAAAUGCAACAAUGUCAGAUACAACAAGGAAACCUUAUUGGAACUGGUAGUGUUGGAAUUUUCAAUUCAACUUUACAAUGUUCAAGAUGCUAAAUUCUUUAGCGUGAAUUUUGCUAAGAAAUUUUGGGAUACAUUUUUUGAUGUAAUUGAUUUCAUUGAUGACGAAUCUUUCAUUCUCCGUUUAAACACACCGAAAGAUAUCAAUCUAAUGGGCAAAUUUAAAAAUCUCCAAUUCAUUUCGUUUGUUAGAUUACUUUGUCGUUCUUUGCUUUCUCGUUUGUGGGUUCAAAUUCCUAGCAUUUUCAACGUGUUUGAUAAAUUGUUAUACCGAUUGAAUACAAAAUUCUGGACACAUGCUUCAGAAUUCAAAUACGAAGUUGUUUUGAAUGAAAUAUUUGCUGAACCAGAAUAUUCCAAGCAAUUGCUAAGUGCAUCAGAGGAUGAUUUGGGGACAUACUUAUCUUGGAUUUCACCAUUUAGAAAUUCUUUAAGUGCAUUACACAGUGUGAAGGCAGCCACGAAAAUUGGUCCGUUUUUGUUGAGCAAGACUAAUAAUCAUGAAAAUAUUCGACUCCGAAGAGUUAACCAAUUACAUGAACUAGGAUGUCAAGUUCUCUAUACCGCAUUUAAUGAUACAGGUGUGUUCAACGACCAGGACGCUGCAGAUCCAGAAAUUGCACUUAAUAAUGCAUUAGAACUUCGAUCAAAAAUUGAAUAUGAUGCAGAUGUGAUUAUAAGAUCUGCAAUCAGUUCGGUUGGUGAUACUUCUUCAAGGGACUUGUUGUGCAAAUGUUUGCAAUAUGACAUGAUAUUAUUGGUUCACAGUUCUAAACUUCUUUUGAACGGGGAUACACCAAAGAUUUUUGACUGUUUUCCUACAUUAUGGGAUCUGCUUUACAAACUUAAAUUAAAUUCAAAUAUCACUUUAGCAAAGUCUGUAAUCAGCUGUUUUGCACCAAUAUCACGUGCAAUCAUGUUCAAAGAGGUUAAACAUGGAAGAUUGGCAAAAGAACAGACUGCAGCUAGAAAACGUCAUAACGCAAAUAUGGCAACCAUCACAAACUUACAGAAAAAAGUACUUGCAUCUUUCAGUCUUGGUGAUCAAGAGAAUACUCUUGAAAUUUUAAAUGAUCCUGUUGCCAUGUUGUCAAUUUGGGCUUGUGUAUUUUCACCAUUGCUUAGUCAAGCAGCAUUAGAUUUUAUUAACGAAGUUUACAGUGCCAGUGGAAGAUUGGAGACUUUCAGAGAGUGCCUUUCAAAAAACCUUCAACUUUCAUUGACUGCUAUUAACAUCAACUUGGAUAUUUUCACCGAGUUAAAGAGUUACGAACAAACCCCAAGGACUAUUAGAAUUUUAAUGGACAUAGUACAGGUUUUAGCUGAUCCGGUAGAAUCUGCAUUGGCAUCAUCUCCUGAAGAAUGUGAUGAUGAAUUACUCAUGUUGUGGAGAAAGACUUGGUUAUUUCUCAUUAUGAUUUUUGUAACCACUCCCCAUUGGGCACAAGAAUACCACCUAGACGAAAUGAGGGAAUUCACUCGAGAUACUUUGGACAUGUGUCAUUUGCUUUUGGAUUCAUUUAGAAUAAUAGUUGACUCGUUCAAGAGUCCAUCUGCUAACAAUAGCCUGGGGGCUUUAUUUGAAGUCUUUAUGCAAGCUUUCCCGCAUUUGAUUACUUGGUUGAAAUUAGGAGAUACCACCCUUUUGAAUAUGUGUGUUAGUUUAGUACUCAAAGGAUUUAACUUGGCACUUGAAGAACAGUUCCCCGUUCCAGACCUGUUCAUUACUGAGAUUGUAAAAUAUGGUAAAAAGGCAAAGGGUCAUAAUAAUAUUUUGUCAGAGCCACAAAGAUUGAGUUUGAUUGAUAAAGCAAAAGAACUUAAUGAAGAUAUCAUCGAACGUCUUGAAAUAGCAGAAGCUGACACCAAAAAACCACUUGCUAUCGCUAAUGCUGCUUUUGGAUCAAGAUCAUCAUCCUCUCGCUCUCCUACCCCAUCUAGCGCCACUACACGUAAAUUGGAACCAAUUGUUAAGAGAGAAGCUAAUGAUGAUAGUUUUGAUGAUAUUAAAGAAAUUUCCCCAGACGAGUUCCGCCAGAAAUACGAAGCACCAGUGAAACAACAAACAUUGACUCAAUUUUUCAAACACGCAAUCCUGGCACCAACAGCACCCGCUCCAAAAGUAGUCAAAGGUACUGACAGUAUAGCUAACUUGCGUCAAAAAUUGCAACAAUCAAGAUCUUCUGUUACACCAGCACCACAACCAAAAUUCAAUCCGGCUCCUCCUAGACCCGCGGGCUUUAAUCCUAGAAAGCCUGCCACGGAUAUUAGUGUGCCAUCAAAGAGAGUGAAAAUGAAGAAGAAUACUGGUGACGACUCGUCAUCUGAAGAAGAAGAGCAUGAUGCAGAUUUCUCGGACUUGUUUGUCGAGACUAAGAAGAAAGCACCUAAAAUUACCCAGCUUGAUUUAAAUAUGAGAUCUAUUGAAAAUAAUGCUUAUGCUAGAAGAAGAAAACAAAUGUCUGAUGAAGAGCAAGCCAAGGAAAGAAUGAGACUUAGGUUGAAUGUCAAUUUGAAACCUUUGUACACACAAGUGUUAAAGUGGAACUAUAACUCGACUGAUGAUUAUCCAAGCAGAGACAGAAGUAUCUAUAACCAGAUUAAAGAUACCUAUAAAGAUGUCAAGGAGUAUGCCAGUGUUACUGAACCUUUAUUGAUGUUAGAAUGUUGGCAAGCCAUACAGUCGGCGAAAUUGACAGUACUGGAAAAGCCGUUUGACCUAUUGGUUGGUACUAGAUCGCUGGUAGAUGGUUUCUUUGAUGUAUUUCUUUCUAUUGAGAAAGCUGUGUUACAAGACAGAAAAAUUUCUGAUACUGAUUUAUUAGUUCUUGCUGUUAAAAUGGAAGGGAUUACUCAAGAGUCAGAGAUCAGAAAAUACAUCAAAAGUCCAAAUUCCCAAACUUGUUUGGCCAAAGUCCGUGAAAUCAAGUAUACUAAUGGGGAUCACUGUGAUUUAACAUUGAGAGUGUACCCCUCAGGUCCAAUGGUAGGUGCAUUAACACCUAAAUCUGUCAUUUCUGCAAUGCGAGUUAUGCAGAUGGUUACUAUUGAAAGAGAGUUUUCUUCAUUGAAAGGAUUGCCAUACUACGAUUUGGCUGACUCUAUUAUUCUGGCAACACCAAACAAGCCAAUUGAAAUUAGCGACGACGAUGCCGAGAACAUGCGUAAAAUAUACCGUGUUAAUGAAUCACAAGCAAAGGCAAUUAUGGGUACAUAUAAAAGUGAUGGCUUUUCAUUAAUUCAAGGACCUCCAGGUACUGGUAAGACUAAAACAAUUUUAGGAAUCGUUGGAUAUUCUUUGUCUCACCAGCGGUCCAGUAAAGCCAUAGAAAUUCCAGGAACCGGAGGAACCACAUCCACGACUCCAACACCAACACCACCUCCAUCAUCUGCAUCUGCAAAUAAAGGUAAGAUAUUGAUUUGUGCUCCGAGUAAUGCAGCUGUUGAUGAAUUGGUAUUGAGAUUGCGUGAUGGUGUAAUUAAUUCUGCUGGUGAACAUAUGCCGCUUAAUGUGGUAAGAUUAGGUAGAAGUGAUGCCAUCAAUGUUGCUGUAAGAGAUUUGACGUUGGAAGAGUUGGUUGAUAAAAAGUUGAGUGAGAUAAAAGGCAGUGACGUAAGAAUUGACCCAAAUAUCACAAAAGAACUUACUAAAUAUACUGAAGAAAGAAAGGCAUUAAGGAAGAGACUCACCACUGAAGCUUUGACCGACGAAGAAAUCAAUAAAUUGGAGGAUGAGAUCCACGAAGUUCUGAAAAAGAGAAGUCAACUUGCUCUGAAACUUGAUCAACAGAGAGAACAAGCGUCUAUUGCUGCCAGAGCUAAAGAAACCAACAGAAGAAAUAUCCAGAACCAAAUUUUAUCAGAGGCACAAGUUCUUUGUUCGACUUUGUCUGGUUCUGCACACGAUCUUGUUGCAAAUCUUGCAGUUCUGUUUGAUCAGGUGAUCAUUGAUGAAGCAUGUCAGUGUUUGGAAUUAUCUGCAAUUAUUCCACUUAGAUACGGUUGUAAAAAAUGUAUCAUGGUUGGGGAUCCAAACCAAUUACCACCAACUGUUUUGUCACAGGCUGCUGCUUCCUACAAUUAUGAACAAAGUUUGUUUGUGAGAAUGCAAAAGAAUAAUCCCGAAUCGGUUUACAUGUUGGACGUGCAAUACAGAAUGAAUCCUAUGAUAUCUAAAUUCCCAAGUGCUGAGUUUUACGAUUCCAAAUUGAAGGAUGGUGAAGGCAUGCUUGAAUUAAACACUAGACCAUGGCAUAAAGACGAUCCGCUUACUCCUUAUCGUUUCUUUGACAUAUCCGGUAAACAUCAGAAGAAUGCAUUGACACAAUCUUUAUUCAAUCGUGAUGAAGCUCGAGUAGCCUUGGAGUUGACGGAAAAAUUGAUGCAAUAUUUGCCUGAUGGAGAAUUUAGUGGGAAAGUUGGUAUUAUUUCUCCGUAUAAAGAACAAGUUAAUACUAUCAAGAGGGAAUUCAUAGCCAAAUUUGGUCGAGUAAUUUUGAAUGAGAUUGAUUUCAAUACUGUUGAUGGGUUCCAAGGUCAAGAAAAAGAAAUCAUUAUUAUGUCGUGUGUUCGAGCUAGUGAAUCCGGUAGUGUUGGUUUCUUAAGUGAUUUCCGUCGUAUGAAUGUUGCUCUUACCCGUGCAAAGACCACACUUUGGAUCCUAGGUAAUGAGGAUUCAUUGAGGAGAGAUGCUGUUUGGAAUAGACUUUUAGCAGAUGCCACUGAUAGAAAGUGUGUUAGUAAAGCAUAUCCGGGAUUUUUGGCGCAAAAUGGGAACAAAAGGAAAGCUAUAAGUAAUACUAAAGAUCAAGGGUCGAAAAAGACAAAACCAAAUCCUAAUACCAAUACCAGUGCCACUACUACUGAACGUAAUGUACAAGAAAUCAGGAACAACAAUUCCAAACCGGUUCCUCGUCCAACAAAUGCUGGAUAUUUACCGAACAAGAAAGAACCAUCAACGAUCGGAAAAAACGAACAAGUGGAAAAGAAGAAGCAAAGUCAACCAAAAAAGUCCAAUAGCUUAGCUGUUCCGACAAAGAGACCACGUUUACCAAAAGAUGAUCGUAAAAAGACAAGUGAACCACGAAAAGAACAGGAUAAACCUUUAAACUCUAAAGCUGCUACUGCUACUACUCCAAAGCCUUAUAUUCAUCAACCAAAACCCUCAGAUGCAUCUGUUCCAAAACCGUACGUUAACCAGCCAAAACCCCAAUCCAAUUCUGUACCUGGCCCUACAAGAUCAGGAACACUUGUUAGACCGCAAUCAAACACUAAUAAGGAAUCUACAUCACCAGCACCAACCCCUCCACAGACUAGACCUUCAAGUACAUGUCCACCUAAACACACUCCUUCAUCAUCUGGAGUGGUGAAACCUCCACCAAGUAUGUUUAUUCCAAGAAAGAGAAGAAAUUAA